GUCAUAUUCGAUAUGCUCGAGGUUAUCACAGGGCUCCGGAUCCACAAUUUGGACGAGGACGAGGAGGAAAUCACGUUUGAUUGCUCCCAGAUAGCGAAUGAUGGUGCGGCAAGCCCUGAGAGCUUUAACUGGGACUACAAGUUGAUUGUGUCGAAAUUAGGCACCAGUGCUGCGAACGACAUUUUGUACAUCCCAGACACGAAUAAGGAGCAGUUGGCAAACCUUCUCCGCGUAAAGGGCUUAGGGGAAGGGGAUAGGCGUCGGGUAGAACGUCUUCAGGCGAGUCUUCCGAGCUACUUUUUGGACACACUUACUUUCCCGUAUGAUACGUUACCGCAGUUUUAUCAAAACUUGUCCAAGGCGUUGAACAAGAAGGAGAAGGAGUAA